AUGAAGUUGAGUCCACGGUUCAUUGAGCCCUACCAGAUAAUCAAGAGGGUUGGACCGGUGGCGUAUCAACUUGCUUUACCUCCCAACUUAGCGAAUCUACAUGACGUCUUCCAUGUGAGUCAGCUCUGCAGAUAUAUAUCUAAUGAUUCACACAUUGUACAGCCUGAUGACAUAGAGGUUAAGAAGGAUUUGAAGUUCGUUGUUGGACCUUCUAAAGUUCUUGCUCGAGAUGAGAAACAGCUUCGAAAUACAAUUAUUCCCAUGAUCAAGAUUCAACUGGAGGGAUUGACACCUGAGGAUGCCACAAGGGAGCGGAAGGAUGAUAUUCUCCGGCGUUAUCCUGAUUUUGAUAUCAGGUAUGGUCCGAUUUUGAGGACAAAAUCUUUUUAA